GUUCGAUUGACCUUUGGAGCUACUAGUGUGACAUAGCAUGCAUGAUUUGUGAAGUAUUGCGAUGGACUUGGGUGAGAGAGGUUUUACAGUCGAUGCAAGUCCGUUUUUGAAAUCACAUAUUGAAUCGAAGACUGUGAGACUGUACAAUUACCACGACAUACCAUAUUUCCUUCGAGGAAAUCCUUACGUGACAUCUGGAUACAGAGCCUUCUUAUCCAUCAGGUUAUGUUUUAAAAGGUAAGAUCAUGUAUUCAAGAAGGGAUUGAUCAUGAAAGGACUUAUGAUUGAUUAAUUUUUAUAGCAUACAUACAUACAGAAAACUUUAUUUAAACUCGGAAAUUGAUAAAGUAUGAAAGUAUAAAAUUGCUACGAAUGCGCAUAUUAUUAGUCUCAUCUUUGAAAAAAACUCUACACAGUAAUACAUCAGUCAAUUCCAGCUGCGCCCAGCAGUUAUAUUCUGAUAGGAAACCACGUGCGUGUCAAGACCUUGGGGUUGGCCCCAGGGUUGGCAAAUGCCCGGCCCCCGGGCAGCACAAAAUUUUCAAAUGCCCCACCCCCGGGACUGACGAGGCAGGCAAAUGCCCCGCAGUAGUCCGGGGGACCUGGGCACAGCUGGAAUUGACUGAUGCAUAAUAUUAUGAAUAGUGCGCUUAAAAGCAAUGAGAGAUUCAAAAGUUCUUAUGUUAUCAGGUAGCGUGUUUGUUUCCCCUCCCCGAGCGUUUGUCAUUUUUUUAGUCGGAAAGCUUAGAAUAUCCGCAGUGGGACCAGCAGAUUUAUGCAAAAACUGGACUCUGGCUUAUUAGAGACAAAAAUGUUUGAGUCCCCACCUACGACCACCACCACCCCAGAUGGACCAGGAUCUGGCCUUCCAUGCGCUUAAAGGGACUGUGUCACGAUAGUACGCAUGUGUGAGCUGUGACAGUACCUGAUUGUUUUUAAUCCAAUUGGAAGCUAGUAAGAUGCAUGCAAGGAAAUUUACAUAAUUCAAAAUUAGUUGUUUGCGAAGCAGGAGACUUCCAGACGUUUUUGUUGCAUUUUAUAUAUCACCAUAAUUUAUAUUUAUUCACUAGUAUUUCUCAGAUACAUCUCGCAGCCAAUAAGAAUAAGAUUAACAACCCUGUCCUGCUUUGAAACAAAUAUUUACCUACGUGUAUUUUACGUACCCACGCUUGCAAACCAGUCUCCGAUCCGCAAACGAAAAUAAUUUGUAAACAAACCUUGCUGAUCACUCUGUUUGCACUAUAUAAACUUAGAAAUACCUGAAAAUUGCCCCUGACCAGUGACCAAAACAACCAGUAACGAAUAAGGCAAAACAUUUUCGUUAAAAUGCGAGCUAAUUAAUGCACACUAUGAUAAAUAAGCCAUGCGUUCGGCUAGCAGGAUGAACGCUCUGCAUGAACCACACUGUAACUCAGACGUUACCGAGUUCAAAUCAUAAGGAAACCAGAUAAUAAACAGAACAUUAAGGCAACAAUUUAUUUUUAGAAGAUCAGUUCUUAAACAUUUACGCUCGUACAGCAAAGAUGCAAGGAACAUUGCGAGUACAGUGAACUACAUCCGUAAAGAUCGCAUGGCCUGUUGUCAGUACUUUCUGGUAUACAACUACGGAUAGGAGUAAUAAAUCGAAUGCGUCAACCAGCCUGUUAAAACAUUUCAUGUUCGGUGGAUUCUUUCCUCAAACCUCACACAACUUCCUGUACAAUAAAAGAUUGCUUGGUUUUCUCCUUCUGAUUCCAGGCACUCGAGAGAGUAAAUUAUUGCAGACAAUCGAAAGUCAUGUCGCAGAUCAGCGUCACUUGCUGUUGCAUCCCAUUUUUAGCCACGGCUGUAUCGAGGAAACCCUUUUAAACAUUCUUUACAUAUUUAAUGUUUAAAACCUAACCGAAAAUGGUAGAUCGUUCGCUACAGAACUUCAUAGACAGAAGUGAAAGCCAGGUGACCUCUUUAAACACCACAUUUGAUCCGUUUGUUAGAACACUGACAACAAAUUAAUAAUAUGCCUUUGUGCACUUUUCCUCUAUGACCUCGAAUUUUCUCAACAAUGCUUGCACAAGAAUACAAAAUAUGGCCUUUAAAACUUCCAAAAUGGACCAAAUAGCUCUUGAAUACUGUUGUAUCAGCUUUCUCAGGCAUCUCAGGGUCGAUGGAAGAGUAUUUUUUCACCAAAAGCCAAUCUUUAAAACAGGUUCGCAAGACCAGAAAUCAAGAUGCCUCACAUGCACAGGAGCGUGUCACAGGCCCUUUAAUGAAAAUGUUCCAAUCAGCAGGUUUUAUGACUCCAACUCUAACAAGUCAUUUCCCCCUUAAACUAUACUAUUCAUGGUCAAGUGUAGGUCACCUUUGACAAAAUUUGCCUGGAACAGGUUUGAAAAUUCAUCUUUUCAUUGUGUGGAACUGAUCAGAGGCUCAGCAUCACAGCCCUGGGGCAAGGGCAAGUCUAACACUAGUUAGUUGUCAAUCUUUGUUACAUAGCACCAGUGCAGAGUGUUAAAACUUUCAUAACACAGUAACAGGGCCACACUUGGUCAAAUACCACUUUUUUUCAGCUGAAAUUUGCAGACCAGAUGCCGGAAAAUAAUACCAUCUCGAGUCUAUCCUACACUAAUUAACCUUACAUCACAGUUCAGAUUCCCAGCACAUGGGUAAAUUUUUAAUUCAGUCAUGUAACUGUUGUAGACAAAAAAACUAGCUAGCAUCUUAGUGGUUAUUGUAAUUUUGAAAAAUUUGUUUUUGUCUUUCUUUCAGUCUGUUUGUGUUGUCCAAUGAAUCUAUCAACAUCUGGUCCCAUUUGGUUGGAUUUGUCUUCUUCUUUUAUCUUCUUCUUGCUGACAACUUGGUUAGAAUUCCAGAAAACAAUGGCACCUUCUCUGAUCAUGUUGUGCUGACCUUAUUACUCAGUGGUUUCAUGGUAAGAUAAAUUUCAUGUACUCCUUAAAAUAACCUGAGAAAAAAGCCAACAUUUUCAUGACACCACCAAUAAUAAUGGUUUCCCUGGAAAUGAUGUCUAAGGAUGAUGCACAGAAAUUCCAUCACAGGUGAAGGGUCAUUUCCAAGUGACAAGUCUUCAGUAUGGAAUUUCUGUGCUCGUUCCUUAGACAUCGUCUUACAGGGAAACUGUUGGUGGUGUUGCAAAAUGUUAGCUGUUUUCUCAGCUUAUACCUAAAACUGCUGUGAAAGGUUAACCAACUACAAGUGCCAUGUGACAUCACUGAAUCAUAAGGAGAAAAAUAGAUUUUUUGUUAUACUACAAACCCAGUAAAUUUCAUUUCGGUAGCUUCAAUAUUCUGAUGUGGGGAAGGAAUAAUACUCCCUCCCUUCCCCCAGUCACAGAAAAAAGAAUAGGUAUGGUUUGAAUAAAUAGUAUUCAUUCUAUUCAAGCAUACCCUUAAUUACCUGUUGCUUUUCUUUUUUAGAUUUCUAUGUUCUUCUCAGCCUGUUAUCACUUAUUUUGUUGUCACUCGGAAAAGGUUUUUCACCUGUGGCUGUCACUAGAUUUGGCUGGUAUUUCUCUUGGUCUGUGUGCUUGCUAUAUACCCGCCGUCUAUUAUGCUUUCUAUUGUCAUGUGGUAGGUAUCUAGAAUGAUGGUGCAGGUCAAAAUAAAAUUCAGGUUAAAAUUUCUUAAAGUAGGUUGGAUUUCAAUAUUUUCGUUCUCUACCAAGUCCUAAUUAUUGAUGAAUUAGGUCUACAAGACAAGGGAAAUUUAGAAUCAACCUAGGUUUAAAAAAGUUAACCUGAUUUUUAUUCUGAUCUGUAACAGAGACACUUAUCACUUUAUGACAUAGAAUUUUAUGAAUGGUAAUGGCUCAGCAUAUACCAAGAAUUAUUAAUCCAUGUGGGACUUUAUGCAAAGCUAUUUCCAGCUCCUAAAGGGCUUUGCCAACUGAACAAGUGAGUCUGUACCAAGUCAAAAGUGCUUAGCUGCAAAAUGUGCCUCUUAUUUUAAUAAGAGUGGGAAAUUUAUGCAGACAGACAUGAAGGGUAGAAUUGGAGUAGGUCCUUUUGAUUCAUUUAUUUACUCUCAGUGAUGGCAAGGAGCAAUUGGUUUCGUUGUGAAGCCUUCCUUGAGUGACGCGUUCAUCCUUCAGUAUUAACAAGUUUGAGUUCAGUUGUUUAGAAAGAGAACUCUGAGAAUAGGGUUGUUGCGGAUCACAUUCGCUACAGAAACGUCAACGCUCACUGUUUAGUUUAUCAGUUCAGAAGGUUGUGUAUAGCCAUAAUGUAAUUAGUAAUAGAAAACUUUACUUAUUUAUUAAUUGAUAUUUUUCGUUUCUAGACUUGGCAAGGCAUUUACCUGAUUGGUGUAGUUCUCCUAACUGUUAUUUCACUAGCUUUUCAAUUUCAUCCUUCAUUUCUGACAUCUCGCUGGGCUUCAAGGCGACUGCUGCUCUUCUGUGGCUUGGUUGCAUAUGGUAUUGGGCCAUCACUUCACUGGGCUCUGCUUCUUGGGGGAUGGAAUAGCUUCACUGUCAGAGUAUGUGAUACAUAAGCCCUAAUUACAGUAAAACUUAUUGUAUAUAAUUAGUAAAUUUAAUUGAAAAAUGGUUAACUGUUCUUUGCAAGAGCUGGCAAUAAUUGGUUGCACAAUUCAAGCUCACCAAGACACAGAGACCCUAGUUUAGAGUUGAGACCCCCCCACCCAAAAAAAAUGCCUAAAAACUCAGAUUGUUACUUGAAUGAUGAACUUGUACAAAGUAAUACCACUUGUCAUUAAAUAUGCCUUAUCAUCCUCAUCCAUGGAGUCGCAAAACAUGCCAAAAAGGCUCUUUCCUUUUUUUAGUGUUUAAGACGUUUUGCUUGGGGUAAAUUUGUUGCUGUUUCCUUUUUAGAUAGAUAGAGAUAGUUUAUUAAAAUAUCGAACAUGGCAGUCCGUAGACUCAAUUGCGUUACAAUUACUUAAAACUAAGAAUAAAUAAAUUCCAAAAAAAUAAAUACUAAUUGAAAUUAUAACAAAAAACAUUUCUAUAAAAAUGCGAAAAACUCUCUAUAUGUAACUAUGUACAAACUAGUCUAAAAAUUUAUGUACACAUACUUGGAAUAAAAGUAUUGUUAAAACGAUUUGUAUGUGUAUGGGGCAUGGCAUAAGCCCUGAACUGUCUUAGAUUAUGUCUGUGUUCUCUCUUAGGAGGUAAGACAGGCACAAAUUUGUGAUCUGGGCAUGACGUGAUAGACUCGAAAAGCUUGCUACACAGAGCCACGCGUCUAGCGUGCAAGGUUACUAAAUCGAACCUGACCAAACAUUGACCAAAUAUUAGAUAACCUGACCAACAUUAGAUAACCUAACCAAACAUUAGAUAAUAAGGGUCUGUUUCAGGGCAUGGUGAGUGCAUGAACUUCUAAGUAUUGAGGAGGGGCCUAUAUUUUUUAUGGAGGAGAAUGGGCGAGUGAAAACUGAUAAAUAAAUGUAUUUUACUUUAGGUAAGUGCAAUUUGAAUGUCACUCGCCCAGGUGGUGAGUGCUCCAAAAUUUUAGUUUUCAACCCUGUAACCCUGGUGUAGAAAUUUAUGGGUGCAUUUGAGAAGAAGCUUGAUCGAAAUAAAAAGUAAAGUGCUGCAUGGUUAUAAUGAAUAUGAAACCAAAAUUAAUCAUACUCUCUCCAAGCAUUCAAAACUUGAAGUUGUAAUUGUGUAAAUUGGCUUUGGUAUUAAAUGGUCUUCAAACAUGGUGUGCCAAUGAAAUUCUUGAAUGUUAUGAAUUAUUAUUAUGUUACUUUCCUUGUAAUAUAGACCUAGCUAAAUGGUAUCAUAUUUUUCUGUCUUUUAGCUCUUUCUUCCAAAGGUAGUUGUGAUGUAUUUGCUAGGAGUACUUGCCCUAGGAUUUUAUGCUUUCAAAAUUCCUGAACGAUACUUCCCAGGUACAUGUGGUAAAUUAUAUGGUCAAUGUAUGAAUACCCUGCGAGCAGUGGUUUCUCCAGGCUGGGCGUUACUUUACAAAGGGAGAGAAACCACUGUGAGCAACCAUUUGCUCUUCCGUCAGGCAUGCACAUCCACAUGAUGCCUACAUAAAACGUCAAAUAACAUCACGUUCUCUUGAUUCGCAAGAAACAUUUAGGGACUUUAGGAUCCAACAACAUGACAGCAGCAAGAAUGUCAAACAACAAGAGGUUCAAUAGUGCUUUCCACACUUUUUUAUACAUUUCUUUAAUACCGUUUUUAUGUGACUGUGAAGUGAAAAUGCCUAAUUUUGCGUUUAAUGAAGAACAUAAAAGAGCAACAAUGAAAUUUUAUUUCUCUUUCUGAAAUUGGAUAUGGUCCUGGGAAUUCAACUCUAGUUGGGUUCACCUACAUUAUUUUUAAAAUUAAAAAAGUAAGUGCGUAGGAGUAGUCAUGAUGAAGAAAAAUUCACUGCAGGCUCAUGUUAAGGUGGCAGUUAUAAGAGUAAGCAAAUGUGCCAGAGUCUUAACUUGCUUCUAUACAGGUUUUACCUGUUCAAAGUUAAUUUAUUUGUCCAAAUAAGCAAAUGGUUUCUCACAGGGUAAUGUAUGAACCCAUUUAUAGAUACAAACUAUUAUGCUAUAAAAACCAAUGCAUUUUAUAGCAUAAUUUUCAGAUGUAAUAUAAUAUUAUAGGAGCUAGCAUGAAGGUUGAAAAGCAGUCAAAUAAAUAUCAAAGUGGGUGUUCAAAAUGGCCAAAGCGCAGAUGGUUGUUUGAGAGCAGCUUCAAGGUGUCUAGAUUUGGGAACAGGUGAAACACUGAGCAGCCAUCUGUAUCAAGUGUUCAUGAUCAGUAAUUCUUAAAGAAUUUCAAAGCAAAAGUUCACAAAAUUUUAUGGUUAUUAUAAUCCAGUAACCAAACCACCGAUGCAGUAGUGAUUUCCUUUGUUAAGUCAUGAAUUGUUAAGGAUCAGUUUGAGAAGUACUUGACUGAUGUUUUGUCUGGUAUUCUACCACCAUGAUAUAAACCAGUGGAGUCUGGUGAUUACAAAUAUGAUAGCUUAGUCCAGAAUCACCACUUAUUUCUGAUCAGUAUUCACUCUACCUUAUAAGAAGUAAAUCAGAUAAGACUGAAGUGAUGUCAUAAUUCUUCUCAAAAUUUGCUUUGUGGGGUGAGGUGCAAGGCGGACUUAUACAAACAAAAGUUGCUUUGUUUGUGUUUUGGUUUGUUUUUAUUUUUAUCUCUCGGUCUCUUUUCUACUCUGUAGUAGUAGAAAAGGUAAUGAAUUUGUCUCAUGAAGAAUUUUACCUUGUAAUUGUCAUUCUUGUUGAUUUUCUUUUUUAUUGUUAUUUUUUCAGGUAAAGUAAAUUUUGUGGGCUCUAGCCAUCAAUGGUGGCACUUAUUUAUUGUGUUAGCUUAUUACUGGUGGCAUAGAUCCAAUGUUAUCUACAUGAAGUAUAGACUCAAAUACCAGUGUUCAGCUUAUGAUGAACUCGCUUCUUCAGAAUUGCCAUUUGAGUUUUUAUAA